AUUUGUUGUGUUGAAAGGUGAGCGAGGUUUCCACUGUCCACAUGCACCUUCUUCACCUAAUAAUAAUAAACAUAAACUCAGAUACUUCUCUUUUGCAUAAUACUAUUGCACUUCCCCAUUUCCUGGAUCCCAUCUUGCUUGCAUUUAUGAUUUAUGUGGAAGUGGAAUCAAAACAUUAUUGUACUUUUCCCAUGAAAUAAGCCUUCAACUUGUUGCACCACACACGACCUUGUUGGUUUGAUCAUUGAUGUGAGCAUUAGCAAUGGCAGAGGUGCUGCAGCGAGGUCGCUCUCUGGCUGAGACACCAACGUAUUCAGUUGCCUCUGUUGUUACUGUCAUGGUCUUUGUCUGCUUCUUGGUUGAGCGUUCAAUCUACCGCUUUGGAGAGUGGUUGAGGAAAACAAGAAGGAAGGCACUUUUUGCUUCACUGGAGAAAAUUAAGGAAGAGUUGAUGCUGCUUGGGCUUAUCUCUUUGUUGUUGGCACAAAGUGCAAGGUGGAUCUCCGAAAUUUGUGUGGAUUCAUCACUUUUUAGCAGUCGAUUUUAUAUUUGUUCUGCACAAGACCUGGGCACGACUGAGAAUAUCAUGCACGAAAGCUUGUCCUCUUUCCCUGAUGAAACUACUAUUCCAAAGGGUCUAAAUAGUGGAGCAUUCAACCAAUGUGGAGCGGGCCAUGAACCAUUUGUUUCAUAUGAGGGCCUUGAGCAGCUGCACAGGUUCUUAUUUGUUCUUGGGAUCACUCAUGUUAUGUAUAGUUGUCUGGCAGUUGGUUUAGCAAUGAGCAAGAUCUAUAGUUGGCGCAGAUGGGAAAAUCAGGCUAAGAUGGCAAUCGAUGGAAACUUGCAAGGAAAGAAAAUAAAGGUUAUGAGGCGGCAGACAACAUUUGUUUUCCAUCACACAUCUCAUCCAUGGAGCAGGAGUCCAAUCCUAAACUGGAUGCUCUGUUUUCUACGUCAGUUUAGGAGCUCUAUACAAAAAUCAGAUUACCUUGCACUCCGUUUAGGUUUCAUCACUGAACACAAAUUGCCGUUGUCUUAUAAUUUUCAUAAAUAUGUGGUUCGAAGCAUGGAAGAUGAAUUUCAUGCCAUUCUAGGAAUAAGCUGGCCACUUUGGCUUUAUGCCAUAGUCUGCAUCUUCGUGAACAUCCAUGGUCUGAAUAUAUACUUCUGGCUAUCAUUUAUCCCUGCAAUUCUUGUCAUGUUGAUAGGGACAAAACUUCAACAUGUUGUAUCCACUUUAGCACUUGAAAUUAUGAAGCAGACAGGUCCAUCUGCUAGGACACAAGUGAAGCCGCGCGAUGAUCUUUUUUGGUUCAAAAAGCCAGAUAUACUGUUAUGGCUGAUACAAUUUGUCAUAUUUCAGAAUGCCUUUGAAAUGGCAACAUUUAUUUGGACAUUGUGGGGAUUCCAAGAACAAUCGUGCUUCACGAGAAACCAUUACAUGAUCAUCACUCGGUUGGCUUCUGGUGCUCUUGUUCAAUUCUGGUGUAGCUAUAUGACAGUGCCCCUGAAUAUUAUAGUUUCUCAGAUGGGAUCUCGAUGUAAGAAGGCCUUAGUAGCUGAGAGUGUUCGAGAGUCUCUGCAUAGUUGGUGUAAAAGAGUAAAACACAAGUCUAAGCAUGACUCGGUGCAUUCACACACCGCAAGAUCAGUGUGUUCCCUCGAAUCAACAAUUGAUGAGAGGGAUGAAAUAACAGUUGUAUCCGGUACUCUAACUCGAAGUUCAUCCUUAGAGUCUUUGAAUCAGAUAACAGUGACUUCAGUAGACCAGCUGAACUUUGAGACUCCCAACAAUCCAAAAGAUUCAAUUAAGGUGACCGAGUAUUUGUCUGAGUCUGUGUAUACUAAUACUAAUAAUCCCCCACAACCGUCAUACAACGGGGAAGACCAUGUUGGCAAUGGAGAGGAAGCAAAAGUUGACACUCUUCUUGAUUUGUUUCAGAAGACAUGAUUUAUUAAUGUUUCAUAUUUGAAGUUUUACUUCAGAACUAGUUGGAACUCAUAGAGCAUAUAUGUAAAAAUCAGUCUUAAAUGCUCUGAAGCAUAGACGCAAGUAGUGGAGAAUGAAGAAGCUACCUUGUACUGCACAUACAGCUAGAUAUCAUCUCCCUCUUCUUUGAAGUGAUAUGAAGGUUAAAAAAAAUUGGCCAUACAAUUUACUUCCUAGCAUUUUGGAACUGUAAUCCUCCGUAUUAACAUCAUGUUCUAUAACAAGUUAAGAACAUUUGUAAGAAGCAAUUUCAUCAAUUAUUAGGGAAAUGCAAGUUAGAUCAGAGUUGUUAUUCAACACAGAAAGAGGAAAGGACAGUGCAGAAACAGCAAGGAAAAGAUUAUUACAUACAACAAGAUCACUUAAUACCACAAGUGAAGAAUUAAAGCAUAACUUUCUGAUCAUACAUAGGUAAUAAUAAGGAGGAGGAUACUGAGAAAUAGAGGAAAUUCUAUUAUAUUGUUACACCUGCUCCAUGAAUUGCUCACUUGGUCCUCAACUAUAGAGUAACUCAUAACCAUUGCAUAAACACAUAAUUAAA